UUAGAAAAAUCUAAGUUUUUUUCAUUAUAGAAAACAAAGAUGUGUAACAGAAAUGCACAAAAAAAGUACAACACACAGAAAGUUGUCAACAGUGUAAAAGUAAAAUAAAUGAAAAUCUAAUUUGUUUAAAAUAACUGAUGUUCAGAAAUAAUUUUAUAAAAUAAGAAAACUACAAAAUACCUCAAAGCCAAAUUAGGUAUUAUUUUUAUCUAAAUCAAGUCCAUCUAGAAAAUUGUCUAGAAAUCCAUAUCUAGAAAUUGUCAUGUUUAUCUAGAAAGUAGUUUUAGUAUAUCAAUCAAUUUGUAUGUAUAAACAUAAACACCUGCAGAUAGAGUCCAGAUAUCAGAACCAUUUCAGUGUAGUUGAAAACGCAGGAAGCAAAAAGCUCAUUUUAAAAUAAUGACGUCAGUCAGUGCUGUGAGCACGCGGUGCUAUCUAACAGUACAGGCUGAGCAGAGCAGCAAAAUAAAAUAAUAUCGCUGUUUGUCAAAAUGAUCGCUUCGCUUCCUAAAUGUUGGCUAUAAAUGCAGUACAUUUGAAAAGUAAUAAUUAGCGAUCUAUCUGAAUCAUCAUGGUAAAAGGAGAUGUGGAUGAUUCUCCCAUUUAUAGCCAUCCAUUAUCUGAUUUGAUAUGAAGUGCCCAUAACUGCCAUGUAUGUUCUAACACUUUAUUACAAACACAUACAUUUCUGUUGACAUCUCAGAAAAUGUAGCUUAGUGCUUCAUGACUUAAACAACUUACACAGAACAUAGUUAUUGUUUGAUUAAGCCGGUGUAAACAUGCAUGAUGGACGAAGUCUCCCUACAGUCACACUGUACAAUCGUACUGGAUAUAGUUCCGGCUUUUAUAUCGGUCUCCGUGUUGUUAACCUAUUUUACACUGGUGCAUGCAGCCAUGCAUAUUUCCACAUACGUUCAUCUUAUCAGACUGAGGGCGGCAUCAAGCCUAGUGCUGUGAACAUUUGUUUUUCUCUUUUAUAUUCAGUCAUUUAUGGAUUGACAGUGUAUCCAACUACAGUGUCUGCUAAAUAUUUUAUGUACAACCUCAAUUCCACGAUUUAAAAAACUAAAUAAAAUUAUGACGAAAACGUAAAUUCGAAUUAAUAGAAAAAAUCAGCUCUACUUCAGUUUUAAGCCCCGCCCACAUCCAGUUCUAUCCAAAUACAGAUACAGAUCAUUUUGCCACUGCAACAGAUACAGAUAAUGGCUUGCACACCCCUACUAACUACACAGUACACUGUGUGUGUGUGUGAGAGAGAGAGAGAGAGAGAGAGAGAGAGAUGCUUGCACAACUCUUUUAAUGCACAAAGCACCUCAACCAAUAAACCCCAAAGGUCUGCCCAGUUUCAUGAUUCUAUAUGUAAAAACAAAGUGAGAUCCAGCAUGACGUAUUGGACCCUACAGGCUUUAACACUGAUACUACAGCUAUAAAAUAAUGAAACACAAGCAGAACUUUGGCAAAUGCAUAGUUCACUGAGAUAUGACACGUUGAGCCAGUAAGAAAUAUUCUUAGCAGAUGUCAUGUAACUUGACUGAGGAAUAAUUAAGGUAAUCACUUGAUUAGCUAAAUUUCAAUACAACCUAAAUUUGAUUUAGCAAAUAAUUUAAGACUACAUUUUAAAUCAAUGACAAUAAAGAAAACCCAUGUACAGCUUUUAUAUGGGAUUAAGUACAGUAUUUAAUUAUGCAGUGUAUUGUAAUGAUGUAGAUUAAUUUUAAUUAAGUAAUAGUAUAUUUCUUUUUAAAUUAUUAUAUUGUAUUUUUAAAUAGGUAAAAGAAACAAAAUAUAUAUAUAUAUUAUUUAGGCUAAAUAUAUAAGUACAUCAUUAUGGGUAAAUACAUUUUUAAAAUGAGAAAAAGUUGAUUGGAAGAUGCAUUGACGUGUUAAAAAGUAUCAGUCUUUACCUUCAAAUAAUUUAUAUUUGUGUAAAUGGUUGUUUGUAUGUUUGAUAUGUUUUUAGUAUGUCAUGGGAGAACCAAACAACAGCUUCUGCUGUAACAGAGUUUUUCAUUGUGGGCUUCCCUGGACUUCAGCCUAAAUACUACAACCUGAUGGCAUCCGUUUUAUUCUGCAUCUACAUGGCCGUGAUUACGGGGAACUGUCUCGUUGUGGUCCUUUUUAUAAUUGAACGCAGCCUUCAUAAGCCAAUGUAUAUUGUCAUGCUGAGUUUGUCUUUGUCUGAUAUUGGUUUUUGCACAGUUGCCUUGCCAAAAUUGAUUUCUCGUUAUUGGUUUAAUGAUGGCUAUAUUGCUUUCUAUGUUUGUAUGUUGCAAAGGCAGCUAAUUCACUACUUUGGUACUCUAAACUCACUUAUCAUGAUGAUCAUGGCCCUAGAUCGGUACUUGGCAAUCUGUUACCCACUAAGAUACCCAGUUUUAAUGACUAACCGCUCUAUGAGAAUUUUACAAGGGUUGUCAUGGUGUUCUGCAAUGAUUGCCCCAACUGUUAGUUCUAUGCUGACAUUGCAAAUGCCAUUCUGUGGACCAAAUAUGAUCCUUCAUUGUUUCUGUGACGCCUCGUCUAUGAACCAGCUCGCCUGUGCUGAUAUCACACACCAGGGCCUUGUGUCCUAUAGUAUAGCAAUGUUUGUUCUUCUCGUACCAUUCUCUUUCAUUCUCAUUUCCUAUGUAAGUAUCCUUGUGUCUGUGCUUCGAAUAGCAAAUGCUCAAGGCCGACUUAAAGCCCUCUCUACCUGUGCAACACAGCUGACUAUCAUUACCCUCUAUUAUGUGCCACGUUUUGUUGUUUACUCCAGCACUAAUAUACCAAAUAUUCCAAUAAAAAUAAGUAGCAGUCAGAGAAUCGCCCUUGUCAUGUUCUAUAGUCUUUUGCCUCCGCUGGUAAAUCCCUUCAUUUACUGCAUCAGGAUCAAAGAGAUCAGGCAAUUCUUUCUGAAAUGUGUCCACAAACAUUGUGUGCAGAAAACUCGAAGGGGCAAGAGGUUAACUAUUUCUAAAUGAAGUGACCUGUCAAUUAGAUUAUGUUAUGCAUCUCAUUAUGCAGCUUAUUUGCUUAUGUAUUGUUAUUAGGCAUUGACAAUAUUUUAUUAUUAUUUUCUAUUAUGUACUGAUAAUAUAGUGGGCUUUAACAGUCUAGAGCACACUUGUGAAAUGCUUCUAUUUAGCUUUUUUUCUAAUUUAAUACUGUUUUUAAUGACAAAUUAUAUCAUCAGCAUAACAAUUUGGGUGAAAUAGUGAAUUGAAUAAUAAACAUAGAUUAUUUAGUAUUUAGUAUGUGCCCCUUUUAUUUUAAUGACAACAUGCACUCAAGCUGGACUGUUUGUGUGUGUGCGUGUGUGUGUGUGUAAAACCUGAUGAUCCAUUUUAUCCCAGCAUUUGAGAAUGGUCCCAAAAGCAUCGUUUGUGCUUCAAUGGAAGCAAGGAAAUCUGACAUUUUGCGCAAAGUUUACAUGAUCAAUGUCACAUAUUUGCUUAUUUGAUUGAUAACAUAGUUCUGAAUAUUUAUUUUUUCAGUUUACAUUAUAAGUUUUCUCUGUUUUAAAUUUUUCAAAAUUCUAAAACUCUUCUAAAAUUCUAAAACUGUUUAUUUCCAGGUUCAAAUUCAGGUUUAGACUCAGACGUUUGAACCCCACUAUGAGAAUAAAUGUGGAAGGUCAUGCAUUACUGACUGAACCAAUAAAAACAGGUGUCUUGUUUUGCUGUGUUUAAGUCAAGACAGAUUUAAAGUUUUAUUAACAUAGAUUAUCAAUAAACAUUGUUAACUGAUGUUGUAUCAGUAUUAUAGUCCUUACAGGCCCAUAGCUUGCAAAAAUUGUAUGAUGCUAAAUUGUGUAUUGUUUGUGGAGCAAUUGGGUAUAAAUCAUUUGACUUUACUAGAGCAGUACUCACAGGUAAAAGUAGACAUAGUUACAGUUCAUGCUUUGUUUUUAAUAAUAAACAGUUACUAAUACAGUUUAGUUUCAUUGUAAUUAGUUAUUCAUCAAUGUCUGUCCCUUUCCCUUCUUCUUCAUGUACUAAACUGCAGUAGCCAGGACCAAACUUCCAAAAAUUAUCUUCUUAGACAGAGGGUCUGUUCAGUAAAUGACUUGUCAUAGUCAGGAAAGAAGUGAAGGCAAAACAGAUUAUGAGCUGACACAGGACAGAUGCACUCCUGCUUGGCCUUUAGAGAGCUGCUACUGCAACCUCCGUUAGAAUCCUUCAUCCAACAGACACUCAAACUUAUCCUACACCAUUCAUUUUUGAAAGAAACCCCUUCAACUGGCCUAAAGAAAGAUGUAGUAGUGAGAAAGAACCUACCUUCUCAUAGUUCAGGAUGACACAAGUUCGCUUUCUUCAGAAAGAUCUUUCUCCAUAUAUUCUGAAAGCUUCUUACAAGAAAUUGCAUAUUAAGUCAUGCUUCACAGUAGUAAAAAUAAAUGUAUGGUAUUUUGAGGGAAACUGUGGUAUUAGGCCUAAAUGUUUGUAAAGAAAUUGUUCGUUUUCACUGGCACAAUAUUGCUAGCGAAUACACACACACACACACAAACUUGUUUUUAUAUCAUUGUGGGGACUCUCCAUAGACUUCCAUGCAUUUUAUACCAAUCUAACAAUAAUUUCUAUCCCCUAACCCUACUCCUAAACCUGACCCUCACUUUGCAUUUUUACAUUUUCAAAAAAACAUAAUUUAGUAUGUUUAAUAAGCCAUGUCCCUUGUGGGGACCGCUGGCUGGGUCCCAGAAGGUAGGUGAUCUCAGGUUUUACUAUCCUUGUGGGGACAUUUGGUCCCCACAAUGUAGGAUAAACAUGUACACACACAUACACACACACACAAAAGAAGUCGUCUGCUUUAGAAUGCCGAACCGUCCGAUUUGACAUUUACCAACUGACUGUACAAAGGUGCCUGGGUUUGUUCCUGGCAGGCAGCAGAUGCCCAAACCCCGCCCUAUCCCUAAUCCUAACCAUUUGGAGUGUGUAAGGCUGAGUACCCUGUCACACUGUACCCUGUUUUUUUCUGUAAAAAAUAAAU